AUGCUGAGAACUUGUGCGCUUCUCUGUUCCUCGUCGACACCAAUCACUUUCACACCGGUUCAACUAUUCCAUCCCAAUACUUCCCUUCAUUUCACGACCUUGGAACUAUCUCCUUCCGUCUCGGCUUUGUCUCGUGCUCCUUGUCACUUCAGCCUCGUGGGGGCUCGUAGAAGAUGUAGCUUCACCGUCCGUAGCACCGCUACCGAGGAAGCAGUGGAAACCAGUAGUGACAGUAAGCUGGACUUAGUUGAAGUUGGGUUCUUGUCUGGUGUUCAUGGCCUACAAGGAGAGAUUUGCAUCAAACCAAACACCGAUUUUCCUGAUUUACGUUUCUCUAAGCCUGGUAGAAGAUGGCUAAAACAACAAUUGAUGGGACAAGAUAAGAUUGAUGAGGUUGAGUUAGUUGAAGGCAGACCUCAUCCCGCUCAGAAGAGUUGGAUUCUCAAGUUUCGAGGGUUGGAUGAUGUUGAUCAGGUGAGACAACUCGUUGGCGCAACUCUUCUUGCUGAGGAAGAUGAUCGUCCUGAGCUUGAUGAUGGAGAGUUUUACAGUCGUGAUCUUCUAGGCAUGAAAGUUCUUCUCAAGGAGACAGGUCAACUUGUUGGAACUGUUGCUAAUGUUUUCGACAAUGGAGGAAACGAUCUUCUACAUGUCUUGCUCGAUUCAUCCAUGGAAGUCUGCAACGGGAGUGCAAAGACGAACCAGCUUGUGUGGAUACCUUUCGUAGAUGCAAUUGUUCCAGAUGUUGAUUUAGAGAGAAGGGAGAUGUAUAUAACUCCUCCCAAGGGACUUCUCGAAGUGAACAUGCGAGCAGAUGAACGAACCAAGAAAGAAAGACGUCAGCUUGAGUGGAAAGAAAGAAAAAAGCAGCAGAAGCGGCUUAUUGCUGCUAAAAAGAAGUUAUGUGAGUUGGAGCAGAAGCAUGUGUUUGAUGGAUUAAGGUUUGGAGAAAAGUCUCAGAGGAGUUUGCUUGCUGAUCAUAUCCUUGAUGUUAACUCCACUCUGCUUCAGAAAGCUUUGCAAAGUAUUGAUGAUUCAUCCAAGAAGAGAUGGAACGUAACUGAGGAAAUCAAUGCGCUGAGAGCUAGAGAAUCGGACUGUACUCUAAAUGUAUCACGGGAAUGUCUUACUUUUGAUGCUAGUAAAGAGAAAGUUGGUGAUAAUUUCAGUUUCUUUCAGCAAGGGAAAAGUCUAUACUCUGAGGGAAAAGUUUCUAUCUGUUUGGUUCUCAGUGAUCAUGAGACUGAACAACUGGAAGGUGAAAAUGGUGCAGUCUCGUAUCUCCAAGCGCUACUUGAUGAUGAGCAGAGGUUCCUAAAGGAAGAAGAACGUGGUUGUGUGCCACUCAUUAUUGUUUCCCCUGAACAUGCCAUUGAAGAUGUGCGGAACCUUUUUCAGGAAAAUGAUUAUUUUGGAUUUGAAUCAGAAAAGGUAUGGUUUCUGAAAGAAGAAACACUUCCCGUAGUUUGUAGCUCAUCAGAGGAACCGAAAAAGCACAAGAUUUUGAUGAAAUCUCCAUGGGAGAUACUCAAGUCCCCUGUUGGCUCUGGAGGAGUCUUGAGCGUCCUUGUUUCACAUGGGAUCACAGACUCUCUCUCCAGCCUAGGAAUCGAUUAUCUUCAGGUACACAGCAUUGAAACAAGAUCACAACAUUACAUCAACCCGAUGCUAGUUGGAUUCGUGAGCACAAAAGGAGGGGAGAUUGGGAUUCAGGUGACCGAAGAAUCUGAAGUCAAGAACUCGGAAAUGGUAUUGACGUUGAAGUUUCUCAAGAGAUUGAAAGGAAAAAUUGAGUUUCAAGCGGUGAUGAAGAUGAACCCACAUGUUCAGAUGGUUGAGAAAGAGUGGAUCGAGUCUGUACCAACAGAACCGAAUUCGUUUGAGUUUCGUUCUGAUAUUUACGGAGUCUUGAGUGAGUGUUCAUCACCAGCUAAGGUCUGUUUGAUGAGCAUCACAGUUUAG